AUGCGCUUUCUCGGGUCGACCACAUCAAGCGUCCGCUACCGCUUCAAGAAGGAGACCGCUGGCGGCGUCCACGGCUACAUCGAGGUUGCUCGCGAUGCACAAGGCGCGACGAUCCAUGCCCGCCUCGACGUGACCGAGCUCGAUGUCCAAGCGCUGCAGGCCUUCGACGCCAACUGCGAUGGCGCCAUUGAGGCCUUCAAGUGGCACAUCCACACGCACUGGCACCAGACGACGACCUCCUCGUUCUUGGGCGGCUGCUCGUUGGCGAUCGCUGGCAACCACUACGACCCCGACUUUGCGUGCGGACCCAACUCGGAGCACUACAAGGACACCAAGUGCGCUGGCGUCGUCUACAACUGUAGCGCUGCGGCGUACGCAGCAAACCCCCGCGCUUGCGAACGCGGCGAUUUGUCGGGCAAGCUCGGCGACAUGCUGGUCAAGAAGGGACACAUCGAGCAUUUGUGGCGGGACCCGCACUACCCCGCGACUCACGAAGAGCAGCCAGAAUGGAACAUGAUCCUGCACGCCGUCGCGACGUUGGCGUCCUGGACCACCGUCGGCGUGCUUUUGGCGCUGCUGCUCGCGUUGUAUCGCCAGCGCCAUCCCCUGCUGCUCAAGUACUACCCCACCAACGUGGUUGUGGCCACGGCUGUGGCGAUCCUUGGGCUUCUCGUGUACCAGUACGUUCUUAUCAACACGGCGCUCUAA